GAUUGAUUCCAAAAUGGAAGAAAGAUGGAUAAAACAUUAUAGUAGCUGCCACAAGAUAUUGCUGGUUGGAGAGGGAGAUUUCUCUUUUGCACUCUCUUUGGCAAGGGCAUUUUGCUCGGCUUCCAACAUAGUUGCAACUUCUUUUGAUUCGAAAGUGUCAUUGCAGGUGAAGUACUCAAGAGCUACAAUAAAUCAGAUAGAACUAAAGAGGUUCGGUUGCACCAUUUUGCAUGAAGUGGAUGCCCUUACCAUGGACCAACACCCGUUGUUGCUAGGGAAAAUAUUCGAUCGCAUAGUCUUUAAUUUUCCCCAGGAUAUAGGAUUUGCUUUUCACAAAAUUCAGAAUCACCAGAAGUUGGUGUUGGGUUUUCUACAGAAUGCAAGGAGGAUGCUAAGUCGCGACGGGGAAGUUCAUGUGACACUAAACUGUACCUAUCCUUUUAAUAAAUGGGAAGUAGUGAAAUUGGCAAAGAAAGCUGGUUUGGUAUUGGUUAAGAAGGUGCCAUUUAAAAUGCAAGAAUAUCCAUGUUACACUAAUAGAAGAGGAUCUGGACUCAAUUGGGAUGGAAAGUUUGAUGUUGGUUAUUAUUGUAGCACCUUCAAGUUCUCGAAAGCAAAAAAUGUUCAAUCUUUUGUGGCAAUAUCAGAAAUAUCAGUAGACCCAAAUUCACUGCAGUUAAAAGAUACAAGUGAAUGUGAAUUGAAGUUGUCGAGUAAAGAUCAGAUGGUUCGCGUUUCAACUUCAACAAAUUUGAUUGAAACCACUAUUUAUUCUCCGAUCAACACCACAACAAAUUCAAAUUCAAAUUUAAUCUCAAUGUGCACAAUUUUAUGAAGAAGCGAAGAAUGCAUACUCUAAAAUUUAGACCAAGCUUUCAAAAAAAAAUGUACACCAAAAAACAUUUAUCUUUGCAAUGUUGAAGAAUGUUUGAGUU